CCGGCGGGGUGGUCUGGCCUGACGCGCGCGAGGCUGAGGUGGUGGUUGCGGUCCUUAAUUAGUAAGCCAGUCCAGGGGAAUACUCGUCGCUGGGUUGGCGGGAACCCCCAGUCGCCGUGGAGGCGUGGCGGCGAGGUCCCGGCGGGUCGGUCCUCCCUUCUGGCCCACAGAGGGGAAACUGAGGCCCUCGGGGCGGUCUUCUCACCCGCGACUCCACUCACACCAUGGCUGAACCGCUCAAAGAAGAGGAUGGCGAAGACGGCUCUGGGGAGCCCCCUGGGCGGGUGAAGGCAGAGCCCGUCCACUCCACGGCCUCUGUCGUGGCCAAGAACCUGGCCCUGCUCAAAGCCCGCUCCUUCGACGUGACCUUUGACGUGGGGGAUGAGUACGAGAUCAUCGAGACUAUAGGCAAUGGGGCCUAUGGGGUGGUGUCCUCGGCGCGCCGCCGCCUCACGGGCCAGCAGGUGGCCAUCAAGAAGAUACCCAAUGCUUUUGAUGUGGUGACCAAUGCCAAACGGACCCUCAGGGAACUGAAGAUCCUCAAACACUUCAAGCACGACAAUAUCAUCGCCAUCAAGGACAUCCUGAGGCCAACUGUGCCCUAUGGAGAGUUCAAAUCUGUCUAUGUGGUACUGGACCUCAUGGAGAGCGACCUUCACCAGAUUAUCCACUCCUCACAGCCACUCACACUGGAGCACGUGCGCUACUUCUUGUAUCAGCUGCUUCGGGGCCUCAAGUACAUGCACUCUGCCCAAGUCAUCCACCGUGACCUUAAACCCUCCAAUCUUCUGGUGAAUGAGAACUGCGAGCUCAAGAUUGGUGACUUUGGAAUGGCCCGUGGCCUAUGUACCUCCCCUGCCGAACACCAGUACUUCAUGACCGAGUAUGUGGCCACUCGCUGGUACCGUGCCCCUGAACUCAUGCUUUCCCUGCAUGAGUACACACAGGCUAUUGACCUCUGGUCUGUGGGCUGCAUCUUUGGGGAGAUGCUGGCUCGGCGACAGCUCUUCCCGGGCAAAAACUAUGUGCACCAGUUACAGCUGAUCAUGAUGGUGUUGGGAACCCCAUCGCCAGCUGUGAUUCAGGCUGUGGGGGCUGAAAGGGUGCGGGCCUAUAUCCAGAGCCUGCCACCACGGCAGCCUGUGCCCUGGGAGACGGUAUACCCAGGUGCUGACCGCCAGGCCCUCUCAUUGCUGGGCCGCAUGUUGCGAUUUGAACCCAGUGCCCGGAUCUCAGCUGCUGCUGCCCUUCGUCACCCCUUCCUGGCUAAGUACCAUGACCCUGAUGAUGAGCCUGAUUGUGCUCCACCUUUUGACUUUGCUUUUGACCGUGAAGCCCUUACCAGGGAGCGCAUUAAGGAGGCCAUUGUGGCUGAGAUUGAGGACUUCCAUGCCCGACGGGAGGGCAUCCGCCAACAAAUCCGUUUCCAGCCUUCUCUGCAGCCUGUGGCUAGUGAGCCUGUGUGUCCAGAUGUUGAGAUGCCCAGUCCCUGGGCUCCCAGUGGAGACUGUGCCAUGGAGUCACCUCCUCCGGCACCACCACCAUGCUCUGGCCCUGCGCCUGACACUGUUGAUCUGACUCUGCAGCCUGCACCCCCAGCCAGUGAGCUUGCCCCACCAAAAAGAGAGGGUGCCAUCUCUGACAAUACCAAAGCAGCCCUCAAAGCUGCCCUGCUCAAGUCCCUGAGGAGCCGGCUCAGAGAUGGCCCCAGUGCACCCUUGGAGGCACCUGAACCUCGAAAGCCUGUGACAGCUCAGGAACGCCAGCGAGAGCGAGAAGAGAAGCGUAGACGGCGGCAAGAGAGAGCCAAGGAGCGGGAGAAGCGACGACAAGAGCGGGAGCGCAAGGAAAGGGGGGCUGGUGUCUUGGGGGGCCCCUCUACUGACCCUCUGGCUGGACUGGUGCUUAGUGACAAUGACCGAAGCCUGCUAGAGCGGUGGACUCGCAUGGCUCGGCCUCCUGCCCCCGCCCCCGCCCCCGCCCCAGCCCCAGCCCCAGCGCCGUCCCCUGCCAAAUCCGCGAGUCCUCCCACUGGCCCUGUAUCCCAGUCCACCGGUCCUCUACAGCCUGCAGGCUCUAUUCCUGGUCCUGCCUCCCAGCCCGUUUGCCCACCCCCUGGCCACGCUCCCCAGCCUUGUGGCCCUCCUGGACCUGUCCCUGCCCCACUCCAAACUGCCCCUUCCACUAGCCUUCUGGCCUCUCAGUCACUUGUGCCAACUGGUGGGUUGCCUGGCUCCAAUGCCCCAGAAGUUCUGCCUUACUUCCCAUCUGGCCCACCACCUCCAGAUCCUGGGGGAGCCCCUCAGCCUUCCACAUCAGAGUCACCUGAUGUCAACCUGGUGACCCAGCAACUAUCCAAGUCUCAGGUGGAGGACCCCCUGCCUCCUGUGUUCUCAGGCACUCCAAAGGGCAGUGGGGCUGGCUAUGGUGUUGGCUUUGACCUGGAGGAAUUCUUAAACCAAUCGUUCGAUAUGGGUGUGGCUGAUGGGCCACAGGAUGGCCAGGCAGACUCAGCUUCACUCUCAGCCUCCCUCCUUGCUGACUGGCUUGAGGGCCACGGCAUGAACCCUGCUGACAUCGAGUCUCUGCAGCGCGAGAUCCAGAUGGAUUCCCCAAUGCUGCUGGCCGACCUGCCUGACCUCCAGGAGCCCUGAAACCCACAGCUUGUGCCUUGCUGCCAGGAGAGACUCAGCUUCAAGGUCCAGGGAUGCAAUCCAGAGGCCUGCAGCCUUGGCACUGGCAGGUGAGGCUCAGCCUGAAUUACUCUGCAGGUUCAUCUCAGACCCACCUAUCAGCCUUAAGCAGCCAUCUGAGCCACCACCGAGCCAUAACAGGAUUGGGAGACUCUACUCCCCCCUGAGCGGUCUUCUUCAGUAUUGUAUUUUUAUUGUUGUAAUAUGCAUUUGUUUUGCCAUCAAAAUAAGGUCUGUGAAAUACAAGGUUUC